UGCUGUCAAAUAUAGGAAGAAAAAAAAUAAUCGCUUAUUUUCCGUCGGUUCCGCAAGUUUCGUACGAAAAAUCCUCGUUUUGUCGAAAAUGUCCGGCCUGAUCCGGUUGAACAGCAGCGCCCUGUUGGUGCGUAAUCUGAUCCAACAUUCGGCCCGCAACGCCCGGCUCAUUUCCUCAUCCCAAAAGAAUCGCGAUGCGGCCACCGUGGACCUGAGCAAGAAGGCUGCAGCGAAACCCGCCGAACCUGCCGCCGCCGCUGCUGCCACCAACAAGAAUUGGGUAAGCUAUGGAUUCGAUUACAAAACUGAAAAGGAAGAUCAGAAUUCGAUGCACUCGACGUUCCUGUUCACCGUUACCUUCUGCCUGGUGCUGGGAACGUUCUACUGGGCAUACCUGCCGGACCCACAGCUGCAGGACUGGGCCCAGCGGGAGGCAUAUCUGGAGUUGAGACGUCGCGAAGCUGCCGGAUUGGAACCCAUCAGCAAGGAUUUCGUCGAUCCUUCCCAGAUCGUCCUGCCGUCCGACGAGGAGCUGGGCAAAACCGCGAUCAUUAUCUAAGAGGCGCAAAUGUGGUUGAGAGUGCGGAUUUUUAUUUUUCUUCUGCCCGUUUUGCCGUCGACCGAGGAUUACAUAACUAAUGCCCGCAAGCAGCAGGGUAACCAAAACAUCAUCAGUGCUUGUAUAUACUAAGUUCAAUAGAAUAUAUUGCGGCAACGUAACGACGCCUGCGAGUGCGACAUACUGGCCGAAGGUAGCAGAGCGAUUAAUGAUUGGUUCAAUAAAAAAAAAUGAUU